GCCCGCGGCUCCGGGACCCGCGCGGAGGCCGGCGCGCCGGGAGCGGGCGGGCGCCGGGAGGGCGGCGAGGCCGAAAGUUUCUCUGCCCGCCUAGUCCAGCGAGCCGGAGCCGCGAGCAGCCGCGGUACCCGCCUGGCCCGGCAGCUCUGGGAGAAGAAAGACGGGAGCGCAUCGCACAACGCACUGAAAAAGAAAAACCUGAACUCAGCCCCAGGCGCAGGGGCAGGUAAGGUCUCGGAUCUCCCGGGCUCUGUGAGGCUUCUGCUAUGACCGCAGCCUCUUCGCGGAGCCAGGACUGCCACAGCCACGCCAGGUCCCCCGCUCUGCCCUGCCUGUCCCCGGCCCCACGUCACCAUGGGCAGCGUCAGCAGCCUCAUUUCCGGCCACGGCUUCCACAGCAAGCACUGCCGGGCCUCCCAGUACAAGCUGCGCAAGUCCUCGCACCUCAAGAAACUCAAUCGGUAUUCAGACGGGCUGCUGAGAUUUGGCUUCUCCCAGGACUCGGGUCAUGGCAAGUCCAGCUCCAAAAUGGGCAAGAGUGAAGACUUCUUCUAUAUCAAGGUCAGCCAGAAGGCCCGGGGCUCCCACCGCCCCGAUUACACUGCACUGUCCAGUGGGGACCUAGGGGGCCAGGCCGGGGUGGACUUCGGCCCGUCCACCCCACCCAAGCUCAUGCCCUUCUCCAACCAGCUAGAAAUGGACUUGGACAAGGGUGCUGUGAGACCCACGGCCUUCAAGCCGGUGCUGCCACGGUCGGGCGCCAUCCUCCACUCGUCCCCCGAGAGCGCCAGCCACCAGCUGCACCCCGCGCCUCCAGACAAGCCCAAAGAACAGGAGCUGAAGCCCAGCCUGUGCUCCGGGGCGCUGUCUGACUCUGGCCGGAACUCCAUGUCCAGCCUGCCUACUCACAGCACCACCAGCAGCUACCAGCUGGACCCGCUGGUCACGCCGGUGGGGCCCGCCAGCCGCUUUGGGGGCUCGGCCCACAACAUCACUCAGGGCAACAUCCUCCAGGACAGCAACAUGACGAGCCUGAAGGCCCUGUCUUUCUCCGACGGGGGCAGCAAGCUGGCCCACCCGAGCAAGGCGGACAAGGGCUCCAUCCGCUCCCCCAUCUCCACGGACCAGUGCACCAUCCAGGAGCUGGAGCAGAAACUGCUGGAGAGGGAGGGUGAGCUCCAGAGGCUGCACCGCAGCUUUGAGGAGAAGGAGCUGGCUGCCAGCCAGGCCUACGAGGAGCGACCGCGGCGCUGCAAGGACGAGCCGGAGGGGCUGGAGCCCAAGGGCAAGCUGAAGUCCGCGGCACAGAAGAGCCAGCGCGCCCAGCAGGUGCUGCACCUGCAGGUGCUCCAACUCCAGCAGGAGAAGCGGCAGCUGCGGCAGGAGCUCGAGAGCCUCAUGAAGGAGCAGGACCUGCUGGAGACCAAGCUCAGGUCCUAUGAGAAGGAGAAGACCAGCUUCGUCCCCGCGCUGGAGGAGACGCAGUGGGAGGUGUGCCAGAAGUCUGGCGAGAUCUCUCUCCUGAAGCAGCAGCUGAAGGAGUCCCAGACGGAGAUCAACGCUAAGGCCAGCGAGAUCCUCAACCUGAAGGCACAGCUGAAGGAUACGCGGGGCAGGCUGGAGGGUCUGGAGCUGAAGACGCAGGACCUGGAGAGCGCGCUGCGCACCAAGGGCCUGGAGCUGGAGGUCUGCGAGAACGAGCUGCAGCGCAAGAAGAACGAGGCGGAACUCCUGCGGGAGAAGGUGAACCUGCUGGAACAGGAGCUGCUGGAGCUGCAGGCCCAGGCCGCCCUGGGGCCUGCCUCCGCCGCCCCCGAGGACGUGCCUGCCCUGCAGCGGGAGCUGGAACGGCUGCGGGCCGAGCUCAGGGAGGAGCGGCAGGGCCACGACCAGAUGUCCUCGGGCUUCCAGCAUGAGCGGCUGGUAUGGAAGGAGGAGAAGGAGAAGGUGAUCCAGUACCAGAAGCAGCUGCAGCAGAGCUACCUGGCCAUGUACCAGCGGAACCAGCGCCUGGAAAAGACGCUGCAGCAGCUGGCCCGCGGGGAUGGUGCAGGGGAGCCCUUUGAGAUUGACCUCGAAGGGGCUGACAUCCCUUAUGAGGACAUUAUCGCCACGGAGAUCUGAGGGGCCUCCUGGGAGGGAGCCGGGGACCUGGCAUUGGGAGGCAGGGGUGCUGAGCCCGUCAGUGGGGGCUCCCCUCCCCAUCUCCCCUGCUCAGGCCUCUGAGAGCAGCAGAGACCUCGAGGGGAGGGGAGGGGAAGGGAGGGGCUGCUACACGGCCUCUCCCCGCCUUUCCCACGUUCCAGUGCUUAGCACCCCUGCAGCCUGCCAGACCUCUAGCUUUGCCAAGAGAUGAGUCCCCGGAUCUACGUCAUUUGGUUAAGGGCUCCCUAAACCUUGGCCUUUGUUCAAAAUACUUAGAGUUACCCUCUCCCAGCGAGGGUGGUGACCACCGUGAAGGCCAGUGGCCUCCCCAGGAUGGAAGCUCCCUUCCACCUCUCUUCCCACAACUUCUUUUCUCGCUCCCCCUCUUUGCACAGCCCCCCUGCCUCCCUGGCCCCCAGCACAUUGGGAUGCCUUGGGAAUAGAACACAAGCAUUGGUGACCAGAAGCUUUGGAAUCUGACCUGGUCAUAACCUGAGCUAUCUUCCCCUGGCCACGGAGGGGUAGGGGUUGGAGUGAGGUGUGGAGAAUGUGACUUAGCAACAUCAGAGCUUCCUGACCCUGGCAGGCCACAGAAAGGAGGGGAGAGCUGGGCCAGCCCAGGAUUAUCUAGACUCAGCAAGACCCAGAGUGGGUCAGAGAGAGAAGCUAGGUAGUAAUGGCCAGUUCCUGUUGGCCCUGCUGACCAGAAAUGAGCAGCCUCUGGAUGGCUGGUGGCCUCUGACAUCUGUGACUACUCUUCUUAAAGCCAUAGACCCGAGGCCCUGGGGUGGGUGCUGGGAGGGAAAGAUUGAGGACGCCCCUGUCCCUCACACAGGGAGGGUGUGACUUCGAGCUGUUCCCAGGGGAGCCUCCAGAUCUUUCAUCAUGGGACCAGAGGUAGGGAUUCCCCCACCUGCUUCAAGUUGGCCAGCAGCUACCCUGAGCUGCUUUUCUUUCCCAAGAACCAAGCCUUUGCUUGGAUCCAGGAUAACCUGUGUCCCCUGAGAUGGUGCAGGGUCAUCUGGGCUGGGCAUCCCCCACUUCACCUGCAGCUCCAUCCCACUGCCUGCCGUUUCCCUUCUCACCUCCAGGGCUAAGUGCAGACAAGAGUCUGUACAGGUCAGGGAGGGGCCCCAGAGUGCCGGUGGCCAAAGAGAGUGAGAGGUGCCAACACAGCCUCUGAACAGCCCCGGGGGGUACCAGCUGGCCCUCUCCACCUGCAGCCCCACCUGAGCCCCGUAGUCAAGGACCCAGGUCCUGCAGGAGGCUGGGCUUCUCUUCUGAAGAUGUGCAGGGAAAAGGUGGUUCCUCAGUUGCUCGGUUCAGGGAAUUUUCUUUUCUUCUUCUUUUUCCUCUCGUCUUUUCGGAAGCAAGCCCGAUCUCGCAGGCAGCCAGGCUGUUCGAUGUUCUAUUUUUGCCUCUAGCCGCAGCUGCUGUUCUUGGGACAGCCAGCCGUUGCUGGAUUCCUGGGCCUCACUCCUGCAUGCUGAGAGGGGUUCACUGAGGUGGGAGGGACCAGAACGUCUGGGUAGUUAGCAGUCCCAGACCGGUGCCCCCAGUUCUGUCCCCCGACUGAUGACCCUUCCUGCCCCGGGGUGGGAGUGGGAAGCUGCUUCUCCUCCUGUCCCCCCAUCCUUCCAGGGCCACCAUUCCUCCCCUGAGUCUGGGCUGAGGGCAGGGCCACCUUCCCUGCUGCUGGCUCUGCCUUCCAAUCCCUGCGUCAAGCUGUGCCUGUCCUGCCUUCAGGUAACAGAGCAGGUUUUCUGGAAUUUCAAGCCGUUACUCUUAGUCUUUGGCUAGAUUUAAACCUGGAAUCGACAGGCCAAGAGCCCUCUCCCUGCCUGGGGGCCAGUCCCCUCCACUGGGCACAUGCAAACCCCCAAGUCAAAGAUGUCCCUCCCCCUGUGCCACGGCCCUUGGUCCCUCCAUCUCCACCAGCCUGUGCCUUGUUUGAGUCCUUCUUCCCAGUGAGACUGCCCCACGGGAUAGAGAAAGGGGCUGCUGUCCCUCCCCAGGCUGGAGGACCCCUCCCUCCACAAAGAGCAGCCCAAAGCCCGUCGCUGUGCCCUCAAGACCUCGCUGUGAAGAGGUGGGUGCUAAACCCGGGGAAGGGGGCGAAGGGGCUCCACCGCGGUGUGACCGUGCCCUGCACCCCGCAUCCCUGCCCCAGGCCAACUCGCGGAGCCCUCCCAGGGCUGCCACCAGCCCAAGACCCCAGGGUGGUCCACGCUGGCCCCGGUUGCACCAGAGAGCGAGUGUUGUGUAAUAUAGCGACCUCACUGCAGCGUGGUUUCCCUUCCCUUCCCUGUGCACAAACCUCCCUGCUGUUUCUGGACCUUGCCCCACCUAGCCUCUCUGGAAGGCAGCUCCGAGCAGCAGAGGCUGAGCGGGAACUGGGAAAGUCAACCACGUGGCCUGGCCCCGGGCCGGUGGGAGCUCGCCGCCCCUGCCUCUGAGCACGGCUGCUGGCACACCUGCUCGCAGGGUCACAGCCACCCCUGCUGCUCCCCACAGGAUGGUGAAACGCUCCGCGGUCUGCAGCAAGACAGCAGCACCGGCAGCACCACACCAAGAGGGGACUCUGCCUCUGGGCCUUGGAGUGGCCAGACUCUCAAUGCGGCGCCCACCCUGGGUGUCUCCUCUGGCCUCUGUAUUCGGGUAACUCCUGCUGAGCACGCCCCACCCCCAGGGGCACUGAGCUCCGUGGGGACUGGGAGGGGGGUACCUCUCCCCUCAGAAGCACCUGCUGAGCCUCUGCCCCUGCUCUCGUCCCGGCCCAGGCCGGGCCGUCUCUUGGGAGAGAGGGAUCCCAGGGAGAAGGCGGGCUGGGCUGUUGCAACAGCAGCUGCUGUGGCGGGAGGCCGUGCACCUGUGCACUUGGAUGCGCUGCCCUCCUCACCUCUUCUGUGGAACCCCGGCCCGGGCUGGCUGUGGAUUGACUGGCAUUUGGAAGAAAUGUAUAGAGUUAUUUUUCUCUUGGUCGGGUCUUGUUUGGUUUGCUCUGCUUUUCACAGCUUUGAGUUAUUUUAUUUUUGAUGCCCCCUUUUGGCCAUGUAAACUAUUUCUGGUAAUUUUAUGUUUUUAUUUAUGAAUAAAGAAUGCCAUUUCUCA